AAAAAAAUGAAAGAAUUAUUUACAGAAACUUCCCAAUAUCGAAAUUGGUUCUAUUCAAAGGAGAAACUGCAAGAAAUCCGUGAAAAGAAUCAUGUGUCAGCUGUAGAGCGAGUGAAACAAAGGGUGUUGGAGGAAGCUGAACUGCAAAAAUUAGUUUCAGCAAAAUCAACACCUACACGUGGUGAACAACCUGAACGAGUAAAUUCACCGCGAUUAAAUCCAUCUGAAAUCGAAUAUUUAAAGAUGGAAGAUGAAUUAGCAUUGUGCAAUUAUUAUCAAACACAAAUUCCUUUAGUCGACAGUAAAUUCCCCGAGGAAAUUCAAAAAAAUAAAUUCACAGAUAAAGUAAAAGCCAGUGCAAUAACAUAUGUAAAGAGAUUUUAUUUACGAAAUACUAUGAUGGAUUAUCACCCCAGGGAUAUAAUGAUAACUUGUCUUUUCCUCGCUGCAAAAACCGAAUUUUCGUUUGUUCCUAUCGAAGAUUUUAUUAAAUUCUUAACUACCAAAGCGACCAAGGAAGUUUUUUUCGAUUUAGAGUUAAUAGUUGCACGAAGUUUAAGAUAUGAAUUUACUGUUCAUCAUCCAUAUCUCAGUGCGUAUGGACUAUUUCUAGACAUGCAAACGGCUUUAAAAGAUGCAAAAAAAAUACAAGCUAUAUACGAAAAAUCAAAGGAAUACAUUCACAAAUCUCUUUUCACCGAUACAAUGUUUCUUUAUCAACCAUCACAAAUCGCAUUAGCAACGGUACGUAUUGCUGCCAAAGAAUUAAAUUUUGAUCUGAAUAGUUAUUUUCGUAUAAAAUUUAACUCUGAACCUAAAGGAAAACUAGAUAAUUUAUACAAGAUACUCGAUGAAAUUGAAAAAAUUAUAAAAGAAUAUGAACCUACUCCCCUCAAUAAGGCAAAAGAGAUCGAUGCUAGAUUACAUAAAUGUAAAAAUCCCGAAAAAAAUCCAAAUAGCGCCAUUUCAAGGAAGAGAAAGCUCGAAAGAGAAGGCCUUGAAGAUGCCGAUCACCAUAAAAAAAAAAGAAUUGAAGACGAAUAUCAAAAAUCUUUAGAAGAAGUAUUUAAAUAGUCUUGAGAAAAAUUCGUGUGUUAUUAAUUCAACUUUCCAUUACCCUCCCAUCUAUAAAUGCACUAUACAAAAAUUAUGUAUAUGGUCCCAAGGGGAGCGCAUUUAUAGAGAGUUGAC